UUUACUUGUCGGUGUAAGUUGUAUUCUUUAAAUAGUUUGAUCUGGUUUUUUUAUGGAUAUAUUUAAAGUAACCGCAAGUAAAGUCAUAUCCAAGCCGAUAGGGGUGUCGACAUCCCACCGAUUUCUGGAGCACUUAGUCCAGCUUUGCGACUGCAACGGAGGAGAUCUCCAUCAGAAUGGCACGGCGAUCGCAGAUCUGGUUGCUCAGGUGUUUUUUGCCACUGCUGCUGUUGGAGGGCGUGGCACCGCCCAAGGUCACGGCCAUCCGCUCCUCGCAGUCGCUGGCCCUGCUGCGCGCCCGCGAUCAGUGCUCCCGUGCCCUCACUCCCGCCCAGCGCCUCCAGCUGGACAAGAUGCAGUACGGGGACGCUGCGCACGUGCGCCUCUACCUGCACUGCUUCUGGACGCGGCUGCAGCUCUGGCAGGACGCCUCCGGGUUCCAGGCCCAGCGCAUCAUCCAGAGUUUCGGCGGCGAGCGACGCCUCAAUGUGGAGCAGGCGAUGCCCGCCAUCAACGGGUGCAAUGCGAAGACGAGGUCCAGGGGAUCGGGUUCGGUAUCGGAAUCUCAGGCAGUGGUCGACUGGUGCUUCCGGGCAUUCACCUGUGUGAUGGCCACGCCAGUGGGCGACUGGUACAAGCGCCACAUGUCCGAUGUCAUCAAUGGAAAUGCCUAAAAAAAAAUAAAUAAAAAAUUUAAAAAACAUUUGAUUUUGGGAAAAAAUUCCUUGAUUUAAGAAAUAACAUACCAAACAUGUCCUUAAAGUUACCUAAAAAAUUACCUUUAACUUACGGCUACAUUCCUUAUUCCGGAAAUAAAGGAAAUUUUCGCGGUAAUAAGCCCUGAAAACCAAAUUCUUAUACUUAAGAAAUAAAAUACUAAGCUAAUACUAUUAUAAACAUAUUAAUAAAAAUAAAUGUAUUCAGUAUUCA